CGAUUUCAUAAUGGCCGAACCGACGAGCACUUUAACCCCAACCGCCGCCGAUCGAACCCUAACCGACCUCCCUGUUGACGUCAUCAUCCACAUCCUCUCCUUCCUCCCAACCUUUCUCGCCGUCCAGACCUCCCUCAUUUCCCGCCAAUUUCGAUCCCUCUGGUCACGCGUUCCCGCCCUCCACUUCUCCUACGACCACUUCCCCUCCGCUGUGCCCGACCCGGCCCCAGGCUCCGACCCGACCCGCCUCUUCGCCAACUCCGUCGACCGCGCUCUCCUCCUCCGCUCCCCCUCCCCCAUCCAGACCUUCCGCCUCUCCUUCAUCUACCACCGCCGCCACACCUCCCGCCUCGACUCCUGGCUCCGCUCCGCCGUCACGCGCCUCCACGCGCGCGAGCUCCACCUCGACCUCUACAUCAACAGGCACUACCACAACAACCACGACGACGACGACGACGACCGGAUGUACGACUUCCCUCUCGCCGUGCUGAGGAGCUCGCGCGUGGAGGUCCUGAGCCUCACGCGCUGCGACCUCCGCCUGCCGAAGGACAUGUCGGCCUUGAACCUCGUCGCGAUCAGGACCGCUUAUCUGGACCAGAUUGAAUUGACGGACGAGAUGGUUAGGGACUUCAUCUUGGGGUGCCCGAAUCUAACGGACCUGGAGAUUCAAAACUGUUAUGGACAUGAGGAUUUGAAGAUACGAAGCGAAAAGCUUAAGAGGCUGACGCUUGGCUACUUUUACGAUAUGGAUGAGAGGAACACGGUGGAGAUUGAUUGCUGUAAUCUCUUGUUUUUGGAAUUUGACUGCUGUGAUUUUUCUCAGUUUUCACUCAAGAAUGCGGCGAGCUUGGUUGAGUUUCAUCUAGCGAUUGUUCAUAUGGACAAGUACUUCCAUUUGUGGAGUAAGGUUGUGAAGCUUCUGGAGAAAGCGCCCAAUGUGAAGCACCUUAAUGUGGAGAAUUGGUGGCUCAAGUUUAUGAUAUCAAAGGAUUGUUUCCCUGAAAACUUCAAGCUCCAGAAUGUAAGGCUCUUAGAGUUACGAACAGAGUAUACUCAAUAUGAUCUUAUUGGGAUGGUGGCACUGCUUCAACUUUGUCCCAAUCUCGAGACAAUGGUUCUUGAUCACCUUCACAAGUUAGAUGACGAUCCGAGAUUACCAGCCGAGAUCCUAAAUUGUCCACUUCCAUUGAACAUCCCCAGUCUCAAGCAUGUUAAGCUGCUAACAUAUGCUGGAACAGAAGAUGAACAAAACUUUGUGACUAUGUUAAAAAGGCAAGGAGCUGCCUUACAGAAGAUUACACUUUUUCCCAUCAAAACUGAUGAGGACUCAUGUCAGGAACUUCCUCCCAUAGUUCUACGUCGAAAGCCUCGAGAUUGUGAAGCUACAUGAUCAUCUUCUCCAUAAAGAUUGAAGUUUAUAGGCUCUGAAAUCACUUUAUAUGCUUUACAUUUUCUGACAUCAAAGAAGCUCAACAAUCUCAAGCAUUUUAGAGCUACGGACCGGUUAUACCCGAUAUGAUAUGAUUGGCAUGGCUGCACUGCUUGAACUUUGUACCAAUCUCCGGACAAUGGUUCUCAAUUACGUUGAGAAGAUGAAAGCUGAUGAGAAAUAUUUACAAGAGGGGUUCUUAAAUGAACCAGCUGAGUUCAACAUGCCAAAGCUGAAGAAAGUUACGAUGAUAGCAUUUACAGGAACAAAAGCUCAACUUAAUUUUGUGACUAUCUUGAAGACGCAAGGGGUAAAGAUUGAACUUGUGUCUGUCAAUUUGUGAGUUGAUAAAUCAAUCCCGGCCCCCGGAGUGGCAUUUACAGAUCCUCCAGAAAUAAAAUUUCUCCCAUGAGCUUCUCCCGGAAAUUAAAUUUGCACACAGUUUCAACCGCAAAUCGAUGUGUUUAGGAUGUGUAUGCAAUUUCAUUUUUUGGGUUUGUUGUUCAUUACAAUUGGCAUAGUUUUUCACCUUUAUUGUUUGGGAAAGAACACUUCCCUGUUCAAAUUAACCCUUGGAAGCUAACUUAAAAAAACCCGAAUUAACCUGAUUUAAUUAUCAUCUACCUUCGCAAGCUUCUUUAGGGAAUGUAUGAAU